AUGGAGGUUGCGGGCGAUCCAGGCUCGGAGGCGGGGCGGCUGUGCUAUCUUGUGCCCGGAGAGGAGGCCCCCGACAACGCGGGGACCUACGGGAACGGAAUGGAGGCGGAGGAGUUGGCGCUAGAGGAAUUGCUGCUAGAAUACGAGCCAAAAUCCGAGCCCCAGAAGGAGCCGCCCCGGCCCCGCGCCUCUCCGGAAGCUUCUGGCGCAGGAGCCCGAGAGGAGGAAAAAGAGCCGGGCCUGGCGCGCGCUAUCGAGGACCCGGAGCUGGAGGCCAUCAAAGCCCGAUUAAAGGAGACGAAGGAAGAGACCGAGAAAUUGAAGGAGCUUCAGAAGGAGAUGCAGAAACUGAUGAACAAGAACCCGCCCUCAGGCCAUGCUGGCCCAGAGAUCAAGUCCAUUGAGAAGAAGAUGGAGGCUGAUGCUCGAUCCAUCUAUGUCGGCAACGUGGACUAUGCUGCAACGGCACAAGAGCUGGAGGCACACUUCUUUGGUUGUGGCUCAAUUAAUCGAAUCACCAUCCUUUGUGACAAAUUCAGUGGCCACCCUAAGGGGUUUGCAUACAUAGAAUUUGCAGAUAAAGAUUCGGUGAGAACGUCCAUGGCCUUGGAUGAUUCUCUUUUCAAAGGAAGACAGAUCAAAGUGAUACCAAAACGGACCAAUCUGCCGGGGAUCAGCACCACAGAUCGGGGUUUUCCACGUGCUCUCUAUCGUGCCAAGGCUCCUAACUACCGUAGUUCACGCUCUCGAUUCUAUAGAGGUUUCAACAGCAGGCCCCGGGGCCAAAUCUACCGGGGCCGGGCUAGAGCGACGUCAUUGUAUUCCCCUUACUAA